GGAUUAACAUGAACAUGUGGUGUCUGAUGACUAGAACAGGAAGUCUCAUGUCAUUGUGUCGCAAAUCUGCCAUUGUUCAGUCAGCCACGAUGACACUUCUAAUCUUCAUCAUUGCAUUCCUCCAAGCAGUGCUAAUUGAAUCCCUCACUGAUGUCCCUGGAUACCUUGGUGGUGACGUUACCUUACCUUCAGGAGCCAACCCAUCAUGGAAUCUUUCCAAAAUUGAGUGGUCAAUAUUCUCAAACAUCACUUGGAUCGCCACCUAUCGCAAUGGGCAGGAAAACAUUGAGCGGUUCUAUUUGUAUAAAGGGAGACUCAGUCUCAACAUCUCCUCAGGUGACUUGACGAUCCAUAACUUGACCACAAAGGAUGCCAUGGAGUACAGUGUCGACCUCAUCAGCACUGACGGACAGGACAGCGUAAACAAGAUUAAGCUAGUAGUGAAACGACGCCUCCAAAAUCCAACCAUACAGACUGUCGCCUUAAUCUCCAAAAAUGGAAGCUGUUGUGUGUUGCUGAAUUGUUCUUCAGCUGAUGAAGGCGUUGACUUCACCUGGCAGAUUAAACCUCCCGGUGUGGCUGCCUUCCCAUUGAGCGGUCAUGUUGGCAAUGCUGCAGUUCAAUCAGCGCUCCUCCACACGACACCGAACAGUGUUGAAUUCACCUGCACCUCCAGCAGGAAAAUGGAGAACGCCUCAAGUGUUAUCACUCUAAAGUGUGAUGAUGACAAGCCUCAGCCCCAGCAACAGUCCAGGUCAAGAUAUUCUGUCAUAGCUUUCGUGGGAGGCAUCCUUGGAAGUUCACUGACAAUAUUUUUGAUAUACUGUUUCGGAGAACAAAUCAAAGCUGUGUGGGAAUAUGUCAAAGAAAAAUGGUUUCCAUCACAAAACUCAGCAUAAUGUAAUGGUAAGCUUGACUGUCUCAAGGUUCAUAGCAGCGAUCGGCAACACAAUGUCAUGAUUCUGAGAAAUGACAGUUGAUAAAAAGAAAAUUCCUCUCUUCUUCCAACAAUGAGCUUGAAAUGAAAGCUGCAAGAACAACGUCAUGUCUGAAGGCGCCUAAGGAAGUUGUGAUAUAUUCUGAUUGUAGUGUGUCGUAUUGGUAAAUUUCACAUUAGUGACAUUGCAUGUUGCAUGUAUGUAUGUAUGUGUGUAUGUAUGUUGCAUGUUGUUUAAUUAUAAAGUGAAAACAGGAACGUGUGAAUGAAAGAAAUGAAGGUAUUUUCAGAGAACCUGCAGAGGCUGGACAUAAUAAAAUGAAAACCUGUACAAUCUCAUAUCAUAAUAAUCCGUGGAAAAACCACAGAGGCACCAAAAGGUUUAUGAUAGUAACUGCAUUUUACUGAACAGAUGUAAAUAAUACUAUAGAUAUAUAUAAUACAGUCGUGUAUAAUAUGUAUAUACUAUAAAUAUACACUCUAUUUUUGAAGAACAUUCAUUCAUCUCUGUACAGCGCUGUUACUGUUCAUUGUCUCUGGUUCUCGUUUUUGAGAUCUGCAGUACUGUUUUCUAUUCUUUUAUCCUGUCACAUGUGAACCCUUUUUUUUUUUUUUUUUACCUUUUACUGGAAUGAAAAAAAAAUAUUUUUUCACUGCUUAAAAAAUGUUAAAGGUGCUCUAUGAAAGUUCUAUGAAAUUUGUGCACUUUUGAAUCUAGCCCUCACUUAUUUCUGAAUGGGUCUGUGUCUAUAUGAGCACAUAAACACUUUUUGAAUGAACUUGGUUUGUUUUUAAAGCUUUAUUGAUUAUUUAAAUAUUUAAAUAGUGAUCCUGUUACGCAAUUUUACUUGUUGUGAGACCGGCUUUGGGGAUAUUGUGUUGUUGUAGUUAUUGUCACAUCUUAUUGCGAGCAUGGCUGUUAAAUGUUAUUUACCGCUUUUACUGAAGGAGUGUAAAUGCAUUUGUGUGGACCCCAGGAAGAGUAACUUCUCUUUCUGUUAUAGUAGUUAAAGGUACAUUACAGGUGAUAUAUAUAUAUAUAUAUAUUUAUAUCACCUGUAAUGUAGCUAGUUGACUUGAACUGUUGUACUAAUUUUCUUUUUUUAAUAUCCAGGAAGUGCCGAGAACAGGUGCGGUUCACAGGAACAUUUUCAAACCCACUAUGAAAUAGGCAGGGAUCAAAGACCUAUGCAUAGAAACAUGCUUCCUCAAAAAGGAUAAUUACACACUGCUAAUUUUAGCAGUGUGUAAUAUAUAUAUAUCACCUGUAAUGUACCUUUAACUACUAUAACAGAAAGAGAAGUUACUCUUCCUGGGGUCCACACAAAUGCAUUUACACUCCUUAUAUAUGUUCUGUUUCAUUCUAUACAUAAUUUUCCAUAUAUAUAUAUAACAGCUAAUGUUAACCUUUCAUCGAUGACAAAACACCAUCCACAAAAUAAUCACAACAAAUUUGAUACAAACUUAUAUGUGUGUAUAUAUUCAUCUUUAGUAUAAUGUCAAAUUUGUAAAGUUUAACAUUUUCAAAUCAAGCUGUCAGAAAACACUAUAAUAUGAAAUAUAUAGGAGAAAGAAAUAUUAAAACACAUACCACAUACAAGCCUGAGUGACAUCAUUCACAUUGUUCUGCCUGGGGAAAGUAGAGGUGUUAUAGCUGCUGUGUAAAGCGGAUCUCUUCCCCUGUCAUCAUCUUUCUAGCAGACCACAGCUGCUUUGGUCUGAGAUCAUUAGAUGCUAUCAGCUCUCAAUUUCACACCAGUUUCUGUUUCAUUCUAUACAUAAUUUUCAGUCCAUCGCUGAAGUUAUGUUUCCUGUGCUGAGCAAACAGUACUAAAAUAAUGCUGCAGAUGUAGGUUUUCCUGCAAUGAAGUGUGAUGUGUGAAACUGCA